AUGGCAAAUUCAUUAAAGGUAGCUGUCAUAGGUGCCGGUGUAUCCGGACUAACCACGGCCCGUGAACUUCAAAGAGAAGCCCAGCAAGUCGUGGUGUUUGAAAAAUCACAUCGACUUGGUGGAACAUGGGUCUAUGACCCACAAGUUGAGUCGGAUCCAAUAGGACUCGACCCAAACAGAGAUAUAGUUCAUGGAUCUCUCUACAAAUCCUUGACAACAAUUUCGCCACGUCAACUCAUGAGCUUCGCUGACUUUAAAUUUGAUGAGAAAGCGUAUGGUGAUCCACGGUUAUUUCCUGGGCACGAAGAGGUUUUAAAGUAUUUGGAAGAUUUUGCAAUUCAUUUUGAGCUCAAUGAGUUGAUUCGGUUCAAUACUGUGGUAAUCCGAGUAGAGGUCGUUGACUCAAAUGCCAUCAAGUUUGAGGUCGAGUCGAAGACGGACGGGGUGAAUUUGGUCGAGGUGUUUGACGCGGUAGUAAUUUGUAACGGCAAUAACUCUCAACCUUACAUGCCAAAUGAUAUUCAAGGCAUUGAGACAUGGCCUAAGAAGCAAAUCCAUAGUCACAAUUAUCGUGUUCCUGAACAAUUUCGUGAUCAGGUAGUAGUGAUAACUGGGUGCGGACCGAGUGGGGUGGACUUGUCGGGAGAGUUAGCCACGGUUGCCAAAGAAGUUCAUAUUUCCUCAAGAGCUCCGCGUCUUCAAGUGGAAAAUUUGGAGAAAUACAGCAAUCUAUGGCAGCAUGAUGAGAUAGAUUGUGUCAAUGAAGAUGUUAUUGUUAUUUUCAAAGAUGGAUUCUCAAUUGAAGCCGAUAUCAUAUUUCAUUGCACGGGGUACAAAUAUCAUGUUCCGUUCCUUGAAACAAAUGGCAUUAAUGUAAGCAUCCAAGACAAACGUAUUGGACCUCUAUACAAACAUGUUUUCCCCCCAAAACUUGCUCCGAGCCUCAGCUUUGUUGGAAUACCUCGAAGGAGCCUCUUUUUCCUACUCAUCGAGGGCCAAGCAAGAUGGAUAGCGAAAGUGUUGUCAAGGAAGGUAUCGUUGCCAUCAGAAUAUGAAAUGUUAAGUGAAGUAGAACAAUAUUAUCGAGAAAUGGAAGAAAAGGGAAUUCCUGAACACCGCGCUCAUUCUAUUGACUUUAAGAUUGAUUACAUAGAAUGGCUGUAUGCUCAAUCUGGAAUGGUUGUAGAUAAGAAGUUACAAGAGAUGUUCGAGUACCAGCUCCAUUGCAUAAUGACCGACUUAUAUGGGCAUAAGGAUGCAUUCUCAAAGAAAUACGGGAUAUCAUUGUGAGAAUCUCCUAACUCAGUUUUCCUAUCACCUUUAUUGGAUGGAAAAACUAGAAAAAUAAUGUAAUAAAAAGUCGUAAACGAUUUGAUUUUAUCAUAUAACAUGAAUAUUCAUUUUGCAAGCAAUGUUAUGU